AUAAAAAUAAAUUAGUGUGGCCCAGCCCAGCCCAGCCCGAGAGGUUAUAUAAGGCGAUGCGGCAUGUCCCAUUCCCCCAUCUCCAUUGGUGCAAUUGCAAACGAAAGGGACCAGAGGACAGGCCCCUCUCCCUCUCUCUCCCCAAUCUCCACAGGACUUGUUGAGCUUUUAAGCAGCUAGUAGCCUAGAGCACUAGCAGUCCUUUUGGAUUUUGGUUUGGAAACAAGGCGUCCCAGUCCCAAAUCUCAAGCAAGCAAGCAAGCAAUCUGCAGAUGGCAACACAGUGGUUCUCCAACAUGGUGAUGGACGAGCCGAGCUUCUUCCACCAGUGGCAGUCGGACGCGCUGCUAGAGCAGUACACGGAGCAGCAGAUCGCGGUGGCGUUCGGGCAGGGGGAGGUGGACCACGCCGUGGCGGCGGCGCUGUCGACGAUGCCGCAGCAGCAGCAGCAGCAGCAACCCGCGGUGGCGGCCGAGCACCGCCCGCGCAAGGCGGCCAAGGUCAACACCAGCUGGGACUCGUGCAUCACGGAGCAGGGCUCCCCCGCGGACUCCUCCUCGCCGACCAUCCUCUCCUUCGGCGGCCACGCCGCGGCCGCGUUCGCCAAGCCGGAGCCGCACCCGCACCAGGCGCCCAGCGCCGCCGCGUACUACGGCGCCGCGGCGGCGGCCGCCAAGGCGCCGAAGCAGGAGGUGCUGGACGCCGCCGCGCUGCCGUUCCCGGCUAAGCGUUCCUACGACGACAUGGCCGAGGCCGCCAAUAAGGCGCCGGCCGCCACCACACGCCCGGCGUCGCAGAACCAGGACCACAUCUUGGCCGAGCGGAAGCGCCGCGAGAAGCUCAGCCAGCGCUUCAUCGCCCUCUCCAAGAUCGUCCCUGGCCUCAAGAAGAUGGACAAGGCAUCAGUGCUCGGCGACGCGAUCAAGUACGUGAAGCAGCUGCAGGACCAGGUGAAGGGGCUGGAGGACGAGGCCCGGCGGAGGCCGGUCGAGGCGGCGGUGCUGGUCAAGAAGUCCCAGCUGUCCGCCGACGACGACGAGGGCUCCUCCUGCGACGAGAACUUCGUGGGCACCGACGCUUCCGGCACGCUGCCGGAGAUCGAGGCCCGGGUGUCGGACCGCACGGUGCUGGUCAGGAUCCACUGCGAGAAUCGCAAGGGGGUGCUCAUCGCCGCGCUUUCCGAGAUCGAGCGCCUCGGACUCUCCAUCAUGAACACCAAUGUGCUCCCCUUCACCACCUCCUCCCUCGACAUCACCAUCAUGGCCAUGGCUGGUGAUGACUUCUGCUUGUCUGUCAAGGAUAUUGUCAAGAAGCUAAAUCAAGCGUUCAAAUCAUCCUUCUGAUGGGUUUAGCUUCUGACCAAGCUUAAUCUAGGCCAACUUUUUCCCAUCAGCCUUAAGGAUUUGAGGCUAAUGGUUAGGUUAUCAGGUUAUUCCUUGCCUUGCUUCCGAAGAGAGUUGCUUGCAGUCCCCAACAGAGCCCCCCCAAAGAUAGCCAUUUCCACUGGUUUUUGCUGCAUGGGUGCAGAGAUUAUUACCUAGUUGCCUACCAACCUAUUUUCUCUCCCUCCAAUUUUUUACAUGGUUUGAUCUUGUCACUCCAUGUUUUUGGGAGGGAGCAGAUUGUAAAAAAAAAACAAAAAAAGAAGAGACCAACCUUUUUCUAGGGCUUUGCUAUGUAGGUCGGGGAGUUUGACUUUUACAAACCUAAUUUUCUUUCUCCCCUUUGCCAGUAUGUUGCCCUUUCACCUUGUUUUUCCACGAGAGGAUUGUGUUUCUCAAACACAAACACCUACCUUUGCCGUCCUCUCAAUCUCGAUCACACUGCUCCCAGAAAAGCUUCAAUUGUGGAGAAAAUGGCGCCAUCUUUUUUUCAGCUCUGAGGGGGACUUUGCAAGCCUUGAUUUGGAAGUACUGUAGGGAUGCCACUUGCUUUGUUUUUUUGAGGGUCCUACAAGUUGGCCGCACUUGAUGGGCCCUUUGCUUAUAGUUUUCACAUGUGAGUUUUGUUGUCACAGGAUCAAGGUGUAGUUGUUGUGCUCUCUUGUUUACUCUCAUACAAGCAUAAAAAUAAAUAAAUAAAUAAAUGUGCUCGUUUGUUACCUUUCA